UGACUCUGGAGCCGCUCUGAAUCUCACUGAUAGCAUCAUUGUGUCCAAAUUCAAUAUUCCCUGAAGCCCUGAAACCAAACAACUGCUAUCAAGAUCUCUCAGAUGUAUUUGGUAAGACCAAAGCCACACAACUACCACUCAAUAGACCCUGUGACUGCGCCAUCGAUUUACUUCCCAAAGCCAUGACUCCUAAAAGUAAAGUUUACCCACUAUCCCGAACUGAAAGCCAAUGGGUGGUGAGGAUGGUGGGCUAAGGCCCUGCAUUGAUUACCGAGGGCUCAACAAUGUAACAGUGAAAUUUCGACACCCUCUGCCACUAGUGCCUUCAGCAUUGGAGCAACCAUGAGAAGCUACCAUUUUUGACUAAACUUUACCUAAGAAGUGCCUAUAACCUGAUCAGGAAGGGAGGGUGAUGAAUGGAAAACGGACUUUCUAUGAAUGCUAUGAAUGUCUUGUCAUGCCGUAUGGGCUCACCAACUCACCUGUCGUUUUUCAGUCCAAUUUUUUUCCAAUUUUUUUCAGUUCAUCAAUGAAUGUCAUAAAUCGAACUAAUCAGGCAAAUGGUAUCCUUGUGCAUUUUUAUCACUGAAGCUCACACCUGCUGAACGGAACUAUGAUGUAGGUAACAAGGAACUUUUGUCAAUGAAGGCAGCCAUUGAGGAAUGGAGACAUUGGUUAGAGGGGGCCCUCCAUCCAUUUGAAAUUAGCACAGAUCAUAAGAACCUCAAAUACAUCAAGAGUGCAAAGUGCCUUAACCCAUGACAAGCCCGUUGGGUGUUAUUCUUCAUCCGGUUUCAAUUCACUGUCAAUUUAUUGACCUGGGAGUAAGAAUGGUAAAGCCGAUGCUCUAUCCAAACAAUAUGACCACCACUCUUAUACAAGUAACCAUGAACCCAUACUUCCAUCAUCUGUCAUUCUAACCCCUAUCUCCUGAAUGAAAUGAAAUGAAAAGACAUAACAGCAUACGUGAAAUCAUGCCCAGUCUGUGCACAAUCCAAGACACCAAAAGAAUUACCCUUAGGUCUCCUAAAGCCUCACCCAUCACAGAAUGGCCAUGGUCUCACUUCUCCAUAGACUUUAUCACUGACUUUCCACCCUCCAAUCAAUUCACCAUGGAAACAGCCCUAGCCCUGUUCCACAAUCCUCUAUGGUCUCCCAGAGGAUAUAGUCAGUGAUCGAGGUACCCAAUUUACUUCUCAAGUCUGGAGAGCACUCUGCAAGCAACUAGACAUCAAUGCCAGUCUUACCUCAGGUUACCACCUUCAAUCAAACAGUCAAGUUGAAUGCCUUAAUCAAGAAAUCGACCGAUACCUAAGAACUUACUGCAGUCAUUUCUGCCCUGGGCGGAGUAUGCCCAGAACUCCUUUACCCACUCAUCUACAGGUCUCACCACCUUUCAAUGCCUUCUGGGGUUCCAACCCCCAAUGUUCCCAUGGUCUGGCGAACCCUCCUCAGUCAAUGCGGUGGACGACUGAAUUUGCUGGCAUUAGAGGGUGUGGGACAGCGCACAUGUCCAUCGCCAGUGGGCCAUAAGAACUCAGAAAAUCCAGGCCAACAGACGACAUUGCCCACACCCUCCUUAUUAACCGGGUCAAUGGGUCUGGCUCUCCACAAGGGACAUAAAGUUGCGACUACCAAGCAGAAAGCUUAGCCCAAGUCUACCCAGACGCUGACCCCGGUCAUGAGCCCCCAGAACAACCACCACCUCUCGAUAUUGACGGUGCUCCCGCUUAUCAGGUGAAAGAGUUGCUGGAAUCUUGAUAAAGAGGGGGUCGGCUCCAAUAUCUGGUGGACUGGGAGGGACCUGAGGAGAGAUCAUGUGUAGCCGCCUGAGACAUUCUGGAUCCAAGCCUGAUCGAGGAGUUCCACAGAGCCAGACCCAACCAACCUUCACCACAAUCAUGGGGACGUCGAGCUCCAGGGGUCACUCCUUGCAGAGGGAGCCCUCACCUGAGAACUAGCUGUGCUCCCUCUGCUUCUAUGCUCAUUUCCUUUUAUUGUUAAUAAAACAUCAUUUAUUUAUUUCAUUUAUUUAGGUCGCCAUGAGGACCUAUGCAUAGUCUAUGUCAUAGGUCUUUGUAUAAAUGACAAUUUCGUUUAUGAGAUUCCACCAUUCUGUCCAUCGUGUUCCCCACGGAAACCAUAAAUAGAUAAUAUUGAAGUGUUUUGCAGCGUCAGUGUAGAGGAUUAUGAUUUAUUGCAACUUAAGCAACGUUUGCUGCUGCAUUUGAGAGAUCAUCACUGAAACAGCUCCAAUUAGAAAGUACUUUCUGAGUGAGAGUGCCUUCCGCCUUGGUGUUGACUCGUGACUUCUAACAAAUCAGAUGUGUGGUGGGUGGAAAUUGCUUUAGAGUGGUGAUCCGACAGGCUGCAUCAGAGCCAAAUAGUGCAUUUGCCGAUAAUCAUAAAAAUGCUUAAUAUCCGCUCCGACAAUAGUCCGACUCCUAGUAUGUGGAAAACAAUAUGUUUUUUUAACCUUAAUUUGCAUAACCACAUUGCAUUAUACCAAAUACACAAAAACUUUCAGAAAUAAUAUAUUUUAAGCUAUUUUUACAUCUUGAAUACAGCAAUGUAGAAUCAAUGAUGGAGCUAAACAUCAAUGAUGCAGAAUAGGUGGGUGGGGCUAAACAGGCAGAACUGUAGAGUUAGUGGGAAGCCUUAAACACAUGGAGCUUAUCUACUUUAUGAUAGAGUAGAAUUUAUUUUGGCAAACUGCCAUCAAUAUACAUUUUUAGACCAAUGAGAAAGUUUUGAGUACUUCAACUGCUUUUUUUUAAUUUACAAUGAACUCAUAUAUGAAAAAAAAUCAAGGAAAUUUUGGUUUCUCAGUUCAUAAACCCUUUACCGUUAGUCUAACAUGAAGCUUCUGUGUCUCUGUAGAGUCGUAUCAGUACUCAGUGCUGGAGUCGGUGCCUGUGCCAUCAGUGGUGGCCAAACUGAAAGCUGCAGAUGCUGAUAUCGAUUCCAAUGCAGAAAUGGACUACUAUAUAAUAGAUGGAGAUGCACCAGGUGUGUUCAAUGUCACCACAGACGAGGAGACACAGGAGGGAGUCAUCUUUCUACAGAGGCCUUUGGACUAUGAAACUAAAAGCAGUUUUUCUCUGAAGAUUGAAGCCACUAAUCGGAAUAUUGACCCUCAGUUUCUGACCUUUGGCCCCUUCAGUGAUACAGUGGCUGUAAAGGUAAUUAUCGAGGAUGUGAAUGAGCCGCCGGUCUUCUCUCCUCUGAUCAGCAAAAUGGUGGUUUCUGAGGCAGCGAAGGUUGGCACAGUUAUUGGGACAGUUUCUGCCCGUGAUCCAGACUCUUCCAACAAUGCCAUCAGGUAUUCCAUCGACCGGAACACAGACCUGGAACGCUUCUUCAAUGUGGAUGCUCUGACCGGUAUCAUCAGCACAGCCAAAGCCCUCGACAGAGAACUUAAUUCAGUCCACAACAUCACUAUAUUUGCCACUGAGAACCAGGACCCGUCUCAGGUUGGCAGAGGAAUUGCUCUAAUCACAGUCAUGGACAUUAACGACAACGCUCCAGUGUUUGCUAUUGAGUACGAGACACUCUUGUGUGAAAACGCAGCACCUGGACAGGUCAUUCAGACGGUCAGUGCUGUGGAUAAAGACGAGCCUCUCAGCGGCCAUCGUUUUUAUUUCUCCCUCGCUUUCUCUGCUGCCAAUAACAACAACUUCACCCUACGAGAUAAUAAAGAUAACACGGCAUCAGUGCUGACGAAGCGUGCUGGUUUCCGGCGGCAGGAGCAGUCGCUGUACUUGUUACCGGUGUUGAUUGUGGACAGUGGCAGUCCAGCCUUGAGCAGCACCAAUACUCUUUCCGUACGAGUCUGUGACUGCGGUUCGAACGGUGUUCCUCCGGCAUGUGGUGCCCUGGCUUUCUCUCUUCCCGUGGGUCUUAGCACUGGAGCUCUGCUCGCUAUACUGGGCUGCAUCAUCACUCUUCUGGUUCUGAUACUGUUGAUCGUGGCAAUGCGACGCAGACGGAAAACACCUCUUUUCAUCGAGGACGAGCGUGAUGUGAGAGAAAAUAUUGUUCGGUAUGAUGAUGAAGGAGGAGGUGAAGAAGAUACGGAAGCUUUCGAUAUGGUCACCCUGCGUAAUCUCAAUAUCAUUCACGAAUCAAAGGUUCAGGAUUUCAGUCCACAAACAACCUCUGUCUACCCAUACUCAGCUUCUGCUACUUCCAGGACAUCUUAUAAAACACUUCCUGACAACAUUGUCUUUCAAGAGUUUAUCUGGGACAGGCUGAAAGUGAGUAAUGUGGAUCCCUCGGCACCACCAUAUGAUUCAUUGCAGACAUAUGCAUUUGAGGGUAAUGGCUCCAUAGCAGAGUCUCUAAGCACACUGGACUCACCCAGUUCAGAUUCAGAGCAAAGUUAUGACUACCUCAGCAACUGGGGGCCGCGCUUCAAAAAACUAGCAGACUUGUAUGGGAAUCUUGAAGGAAGCAGUAUUUUCUCCUAGCCUUUUUCCAUCUAGGAGAACUUUGGCCUAUAAACAUCUGAGAUUGUAACAACUGUUAUUGCUCCAAAUAUGUAAAGGCAAGGUGUAAGGUCUGCAUUUUGUUUGUUGCCUUCAACGGAUUUGCAGAAACAAAGUCAUGGUAUCAGAGUUUGAUUUGGUAAGGUGUACUGCAGGUUCCUCAGAUCGGGCUACUGUCCUGAAGAGUUCAGUUCCAAUCUUUAUCAAGACACCUGGACAAGCCUGUUAAACUAAAUGCUCUAUCACAUCUCAAACCCCCCAAAAAACAGUGCUAAUAUUGUGCUGCAGUAAUACCAAAAAUCACGACUAAUCCUUACAUGCAUAAAAUCUCAAUUGGACAGACAGUAAUCCAUUGUAUAAUAUUUACAAUAAUACUAAUCCAUAUCUACAUUAAUACAAGAAGUUUAUAAUGCAAGAAAAAUAUUACUUAUUCAGUCAUUAUUUAAUUCAUCAAUUUUAGACUUUGCAUAGUUCUUAUAUCAGAACAGUCAUUCAUAAACCCAUGUCUGCUUGCUGGUUUCAGGAAAGAAUGACAAAGUAACAUUGAGUAUCAUAUACAAGGGGAUUAAAUUGGAUAAGAAAAAUGUACAGUAGAUAUUACCCUUGGGCAUGGCUCUGAUAUGUAAGAGACACACUGAGACAGAAACACAGUUGAUUGAUUUGCAUUAAUUAUUUCAUUAAUUCUCAACUCAUAGUGAACUGAGAGGUUUAUGUAAAUAUUAUGAUUUCUCCUUGGCUUAACUGUUAUUAAGCAAACAAUAGUGUGACUGUAUCUGCUGAAUUUUUAUUUUAUUUUUUUCUCAAUCUGGUUAAAUUAGUUUUUGUUUUGUUUUAAAGCUGUUUUCUCUACAAUGCCAGCAUGGACUUUGUAAAGUACACUGUUAUAAGUUAUUAUAAAUGGCUGUUAUGUUAUUCUUGACUAAAACUAAGUAGAUGCUUGGGCCAGUAAACCUCCAAUUAAUUACAGUUAUAGGCAUAAAGAAAAUUAUGGAUAGGUGAGUUUGAUGAUUUGAAGCUAAACUCUCCAGCGCAUGGCCCUCCAAGAAUGUGAUUGAGGAAACCUGGUGCACUGUACAUGAGCCACUGGAUAAAUGUAAGAUAUAUUCAUAAUGGCAAUCAGAACAUCUAUGACUUGUAAUUCUACCUGAUUAAAGCUUCAGAGAAAAUAUUUGUGGAAGGGUUUUUGUAAACCUCAUAUAGUCAUUGUUUAUAUACUUUAAGACUUUAAGCAUUCACUUUAUUGUUGUGCAGUUUCAGUUUAGGUCAAAAUUGGUUUACAGCAAAGUUCAUAUGUAGCAAUUUAUUUAUUUUUCUUCUUAUUAUUAAUAUAAUUAUUAAUUGUAACAUUUAAAUAUGCUUUAGGAGUGUAUGCUACAGUGUGUAAUAAACUAAGUUUAAUAUCCAUGAUAUUUAAUAAUGUCUAGAAGUCACUGUUUACAAAGCUGUACAUAAUUACAUUAAUGCUACUCUGAAACUCAUUUGUAUAAUAAAGUGAAAGCUUGCACAGCUUUGUGCAAUACUGAUGGUUUUAUCAUUUUAAUGAAAAUCUGCUGAAUCUUAAAUUAAUGCAGUUUUAUGCAGUAUAUAUAUUUUUUUUUCACUGGUAAUAAAUACCACAGUCAAAGCAGACAUGACCCAGAGUCCUUAAGAAUACAAUAUCCCUGUUUAAAUGUCAGUCUUUUUUUAAAGACUAUUUAGUGAACAAUAAAAUGGA